UAGCUAAACGCUUCUUUAUUGAAUACCCAUUGUGCUAUUUCGAAAAUUUUAUUGAAAACUAAUUGUUUUUUCGAAAGUUAAUUGUUGCAUUUCUGGGCCUGAAGGGAAAUUAUGAAAUCUCAAGGAAUUGAUAUUUCGCUGAAUCGUGCUAAAAGGAAGUGCUACUGAUCACUAUUCAAAUUUCGUUCUUGUCACGUCAUAAUAAAGUCUGGGCAAAUCUCAGUUAUACAGCGUGGUCAGUUUCAUUGGGUCGAAGAGGAGGCAUAUUUUUGAACAGUUGAGAGAAGGGAACUUUUUUGACGACGUCCAAAGUGCUUACAUCUCCCAACGGCAAGACAAACAAUUCCUGCUUUAAAUUAAAGCCUGUCAAGAUGACUGCAAAACAUUUAUGGAUUUUCGUGAUUUUAAUUAUGUUGGCCACCCAAACAGAAGGGUGGAGGAGAAGGCGAAGACGGAGGUGCCCAAGAACAAACUGUGCCGUCACUUCUUUCAAUCAAUGGAGUUCAUGUAGCCAGCCAUGUGGUAACGGAGGGACACAGACUCGUACACGCACUGUAACAAGGCGACCUUCAUGUGGUGGGUCCUCGUGUCCUCCGCUGCGAGAAACACGUGCUUGCAAUCGAGGAUGUUCUAAUGGGGGUUUUGCUCUCACUGGUCGAUGUCUCUGUAAGAGCGGAUAUGGCGGACAAUGCUGUACUAGAGUCAACGGAGGCUGGUCCACUUGGAGUUCAUGGAGCGUGUGCGACGCUCGCUGUGGGACUGGUAAACAGAAACGCACACGAAGCUGCACAAAACCGUCUCCAAAAAAUGGCGGCAAAACUUGCCCUGGCUCAUCGCAGCAAGAUCGAGCCUGUACACUACGCCCCUGUCCAGUGAAUGGCGGUUGGUCAAAGUGGAGCAGAUGGACUUCAUGCUCCCAAAGCUGUGGAAGUGGUUCUCGACAACGUUUUCGAAGCUGUACCAAUCCACGGCCAAAACAUGGCGGGAGACCUUGCAUAGGCCCAACACGAGUUAAGAUGACUUGUAACAAGAACCAAUGCCCCGUACACGGUGGCUGGUCAAGUUGGAGUGGUUGGACUUUAUGCACCAAAUCCUGUGAAACUGGUACCCAAGAACGUUCCAGAAGCUGUACAAAUCCUCGUCCACAACAUGGUGGCAAAUCUUGCCAAGGGUCCGCAAAGCUGGUGCGAUCAUGCAACCAACAGCCUUGCCCAGUACACGGCGACUGGUCACGUUGGAGCGGUUGGACUUCAUGCACCAAAUCCUGUGGAAGUGGUUCUCAAGAACGCACCAGAAGCUGUACAAAUCCUCGUCCACAACAUGGUGGCAAAUCUUGCCAGGGGUCCGCAAAGCUGGUGCAAUCGUGCAAUCAGCAGCUUUGCCCCGUUGACGGUGGCUGGUCAAGCUAUAGUGGUUGGACUUCAUGCACCAAAUCCUGUGGAACUGGUACUCAAGAACGCACCAGAAGCUGUACAAAUCCUCGUCCACAACAUGGUGGCAAACCUUGCCAAGGGUCCGCGCAACUGGUGCGAUCGUGCAACCAGCAGCCUUGCCCCGUGGAUGGAGGAUGGUCAGGUUGGGGUUCUUGGUCAAGCUGCAGCCACCCCUGUGAUGUUGGAGUACAGGGGCGAUCACGAACCUGCACAGCACCUUUACCUCAAUAUGGAGGAAAAUCCUGUCCAGGAGCAGGGAAUGAACAGCGCGUGUGCAACACGCAUCCAUGUCCAGUCAAUGGAGGUUGGUCCAGCUGGUCUGUGUCGGUGCCAUGCAGUGUAACUUGCGGCAAUGGAGUAGAAACCAUUUCACGAUCUUGCACAGAUCCUGCGCCUAAAUAUGGGGGAAAGCCCUGUUCCGGAAAAGCAAAGAAAGAGCAGCCUUGCUCGAGAAUUCCUUGUCCUGUCAACGGGGGUUGGUCUGAUUGGUCCAUGUUGAUACCAUGUAGUGUCAGUUGCGGCAAUGGAAUAGAGAUUCUCUCUCGCACGUGUACAAAUCCCGAGCCUAAACAUAGUGGAAAGCCAUGUACAGGAACCACACGAAAGGAACAGGCAUGCGCAAGAAUUCCUUGUCCAGUCGACGGUGGUUGGUCAGAUUGGAGUGAAUGGAAUUCCUGUAGUAAAUCCUGUGGUACAGGUUUGCAAGAAAGGUCUCGGAGCUGUACACAGCCAGCGCCCUUGCACAGUGGGAAACCUUGUGAGGGGGAAUCAUUGGAAAAUCGUGGGUGCAAUACACAUUCGUGUCCCGUUGACGGUGCUUGGUCAAGCUGGAGUACCUGGACGUUUUGCAGCCAGUCUUGUGGAAAUGGUGUUAAGGAGCGCUUCAGGAACUGCACGCAGCCAGCGCCCAGUCACGGCGGGAAAAACUGCCAAGGAGAUGCACAGGAAAAGCAUGAAUGUAACGCACAUUCCUGCCCGGUGAACGGCGGUUGGAGUGUUUGGAGUUCUUGGUCUGACUGUGGUAAAACUUGUGGCGGAAGCGUCAGAGAACGCACUCGUUCUUGCACAAACCCACCCCCCUUUUUCGGAGGGAAAGGCUGUGGUGCACAUAACCACGAAACGAAGGAAUGCGCCUUGAAUAAAUGCCCAGUCCAUGGCGGUUGGUCCAACUGGAGCAAUUGGACAGAAUGUAACGUGAGUUGCGGUUCUGGUGUCGUGACGCGUGAUCGCUACUGUAACAAUCCCGAACCAGCCGUCGGUGGCAAACAUUGUAAUGGAACUAAUAAGGAGAGCAAGUCGUGUAGGGCUGAAGGACAAUGCAUAGUUGAGGUCGGCUGUCACGACAGCUUUUCGUCGGACAAACUUGCAAGCUUUAAUGAUGAUAUUGACUGGUCCUCUCACUUUUCUUCACAACUGCGAAAGAUUAUAGGAAAAUGUGCUAAUUUAGCUGCGGAGAAGAAAUACAGAUUCUUCGCAAUGGAAGACUUUGGAAAUUGCCAUGGAGGGCAUGUUUUCGUUAGUCGAUCCAAGGCAUCUCGGUGUAAUUAUGGCGUCGGUUUGAAGGGAUAUUACUUUGUCUAUAAGGUCUCUUUAUCGACUUUCACGAAUACCUUUGCGAAAAUGAUGCCAAAAUUGCUUUUGUCCUUUGCUAUGCUCUGCUUUGCUUCGGUGGUACACCAAACAGAUGGAUGCCUGUUCAGCUCGGGCUGCAGCAAAAAGGACUGCGUAGUAAGUUCCUGGUCCAAGUGGAGUAAUUGUACCCAGUUAUGUGGUGAGGGAGGAACACAAUGGCGAACACGCCGAGUGAUUAAAGGAGCCAGAUGUGGUGGGUCUUGUCCGUACUUGCUCGCAGAUAUCCGGACAUGUAAUAAUGCAUGUCCCAACGGUGGAACUCCAGUUUUUGGUCAGUGCAACUGUAAACCCGGCUAUAGUGGAAAGUGCUGCACUGGAGUUGAUGGAGGUUGGUCCGACUGGAGCAACUGGACAGCUUGUUCGAAAACCUGUGAAGUUGGAAUCAAAUCGCGAACGCGGAAGUGCUCCGAACCAGUGCCGCAAAAUGGCGGGAAAUCAUGUGAAGGGUUACCGAAAGAAGAAAAGAAGUGCGGUAACAAGCAACCGUGUCCAAUUGAUGGAGGUUGGUCAGAUUGGAGUGAGUGGACUCCUUGUAGCGAAGAAUGUGGCUCAGGCUUUCAAGAGCGUGCUCGUAACUGCAGCCAACCAGAGCCUAAUUUUGAUGGAAAACCUUGCAAGGGAGAGGCUGAAGAAGUUCGAGAGUGCAACCAGAACUGUGAAGAAGACAUAUUCGGUCGUUUGUUGUAAAAUCGUUCCGUGUUACCCAAUGAGUGCUGUCUUGUUAGUUUGUUCUAGCCUGUGUUGCUUUUUGAGCAUCCGAGUUAAGUUUAGUUUGCCUUAGUUUCAUUUGCUAGAGUGCUUUCCGAUUUGUUAUUGUCAUUGAACCAAUACUAAAGUAAUCGCUGCAAAGAAAAAAUGUCAAAAAGGGCUAAUGUGUAUCCAAGGUAAGUAAAGGCCAACUUGUUGAAGCAUUAUUUUGUCUUAAAAGGGCAUUAAUUGAUGUUAUAACUGUAAAAUUCUUUCUUAGAUAAAGCAAAGCAUGGCCAUGAUAAACUAGCGGAUUUUUCAAUGGACACGGAAGAGCUACUUUAUGAUCUCGCUACACUAGUCCCAUCGUCCUUAGCGGUACGCGUUAACUCAUUAGUAUUCAAAGAACGGAAUAACUACAGAACAUUACCAUAACCUAACCUGGUGCAGCAUCAUUUAUGUUUUCUUUUUUAUGAUGCAAUUAUGCCGGCCUCGCUUGGGGAUAUACGAUUCAACAUUCACUGAAUGAUAAUUCAGAUUUAAAAUCUUCUUUUUGUGGUUAGUCACAGAGUAGGUUUUAGCUUCCAUUGCGACAUUGUUUCAAUUCUACGACCGGUGCUGUGAUAUGCAACGAGAAAUUGAUUUUAUGAAGAUCACAGGGACUUAACUGUCAUGUCCCAACAAACGGCGUAAACAAGA